AUGUUCAUACCUGGAUGUGGUGGUACAAGCAAAUCGCAACUGAUUCGUGCUCUUACCAAAUACUUACUUAUUACAAAAAGAAUGCAAAUGAUGAGAGAACUCGCGCCUACUGGAAUUGCUGUUGCUGAAAUAGAUGGCAUGACAAUUCAUUCAUUUUUGGGUGAACAACGUAAUUCAGGAAAGGCAAAAACCAUAAAACCAGGUGAUUUAAAACUUGAGAAAGAAUGGAGACUUGUCGAAUAUCUCUUACUUGAUGAGAUGAGUAUGGUUGGUUGA